GCUAGGCAUUCGAACGUUCGAGGUGUGACAAUGACGCGGAUUUGCAACGAGGGAUUGAUGGAAUUGCACGACAUGUCCAGCCGGAGAUGCGUUCAAUGUGGCCGAAGCACCGCGAUGUGGACGGGAGUUGUUUUCUGGAAUAUCUUCUUUUGUCUUUUGUUCACCUGUGUCAAAGGUUUGGUCCACACAUGCGGAGGCACUUUAAAGGGGAAGAACGGCACAAUCGAAAGCCCCGGCUUUCCGUACGGUUAUCCCAACGGAGCCAACUGUACCUGGGUGAUUGUUGCGGGAGACGGCAACAGGAUUCAUAUCCUUUUUCAAUCUUUUGCCGUGGAAGAAGAAUAUGACUUUUUAUCUUUGUACGAUGGCCAAGCGCACCCAGCAAACUUCAGAACAAGGUUAACAGGAUUUAGCAUUCCUCCUCCUGUUACCAGUUCUGGCACCAUUUUUUCUCUGAGGCUCACCAGUGACUUUGCAGUAAGUGCUCAUGGAUUUAAAGCAUUCUACGAAGAACUGGGGAGCAGCUCAUGUGGCAACCCGGGCAUUCCGCCCAAAGGCCUACUGAACGGAACCCAGUUCGGUCUAGGCGCCAAGAUGGGUUACAGGUGCAUAUCCGGCUACGUCCUGGAUGGCCAUUCCUUGCUCACUUGUGUUACCAAUGCAGCCGGCGUGUCAGUGUGGGACUUCCCCGUGCCAAUCUGCAGAGCGGAGGACACGUGCGGUGGAACGCUGAGGGGUUCCAGUGGCUUCAUAUCCAGCUUUGAUUCCCCCAGCGGACUGGGCAGCAACGGAGAGUGUAAAUGGACCGUCCUAGCUGAGCCAGGGGAUACAAUCUCAUUGGUGUUUACGGAAUUCCAAAUGGAAGAAAAGUCCGAUUAUCUCGAAGUGGAGGGAUCCCAAUCGCCAACAAUCUGGCUGACUGGGAUGAAUAUCCCCGCGCCCAUCAUCAGCAACAAAAACUGGCUGCGGCUGCAUUUUGUGACAGAGAGCAACCAUCGCCACAAAGGCUUCAGGGCUCAGUAUCAAGUGAAAAAUUCUGGAGAGCUUAAAUCCAGAGGGGUCAAAUUACUACCAGGGAAGGACACGGCUAAGAAACUGUCUUUAAUGAAUGAAGGAGUCAAGCAGCUGCCCAAUUACUGUCCUGAUCCAGGAGAGCCAGAAAAUGGCAAACAGAUUGGCUCAGACUUCAGCAUCGGAGCAACUGUUCAAUUUAUCUGCGAUGAAGACCAUGUGCUGCAGGGUUCCAAAACGAUUACCUGCCAGCGCAUGGCGGAGGUCUUUGCCGCUUGGACCGACCACAGGCCUGUCUGCAAGGUGAAAACGUGUGGCUCUAAUCUCCUGGGGCCUUCGGGAACAUUCACAUCGCCUAACUUCCCUAUCCAAUACGAGAGUAACUCCCAAUGUGUGUGGAUAAUCACCGCCAGUGAUCCAAACAAGGUUAUUCAGAUCAACUUUGAAGAAUUUGACUUGGAGAUUGGCUAUGAUUCGCUAACCAUUGGUGACGGAGGGGAAGUCGGGGAUUCGAAAACAGUAAUCCAAGUACUAACUGGGAGCUUUGUCCCAGACCUGAUUGUGAGCAUGUCUCAUCAGAUGUGGCUUCAUCUGCAAUCUGAUGAAAGUGUGGGCUCAAUUGGCUUCAAGAUCAACUAUAAAGAAAUUGACAAAGAGAGCUGCGGCGAUCCGGGCACACCGCUCUACGGCUACCAAGAGGGAAGCGGCUUCUUAAAUGGAGACGUUUUGCGAUUCGAGUGUCGCUUUGGAUUUGAGCUCAUUGGGGAGAGGAUGAUCACCUGUCAAAACAACAAUCAGUGGUCUGCAAAUAUUCCCAUUUGCAUAUUUCCCUGUUUUUCCAACUUCACGGCUCCCGCGGGGACCGUGCUGUCCCCCGAUUAUCCGGAAGGCUACGGGAACAACCUGAACUGUGUAUGGUUGAUUAUCUCCGAGCCCGGCUCCAGAAUCCACCUGGCGUUUAACGACUUUGACCUUGAACCGCCCUACGACUUCCUGACCGUCAAAGACGGCGACCAAUCGGGAGCCACUAUUUUGGGACGGUUCUCAGGGGCAGAAGUUCCCUCGCACCUGACGUCCAACAGUAACAUCCUGCAACUGGAGUUUCAAGCUGAUCACUCCAUGUCAGGGCGAGGCUUCAACAUCACAUAUAGCACUUUCGGGCAUAACGAGUGCCCUGACCCCGGCAUACCCCUGAAUGCCAGGCGCUUCGGAGACACUUUUCAACUGGGCAGCUCCGUUUCUGUCGCCUGCGAAGAGGGCUUCAUCAAGACGCAAGGCACCGACACCAUAACGUGCCAUCUGGAGGAAGGCCAGGUGAUGUGGAGCGGCCUCAUUCCCAAAUGCGAAGCUCCCUGCGGAGGUCACUACUCGGGCACGUCUGGGGUCAUCCUCUCUCCGGGAUGGCCCAGCUACUACAAAGACUCACUUAGCUGCGAAUGGGUCAUUGAAGCCGAGGCAGGACAUUCCAUCAAGAUCAUCUUCGACAGGUUCCAAACUGAACUUAGCUAUGACUUUCUGGAGGUGCACGAUGGGCCCAACUUGCUUUCACCUCUGAUUGGAUCAUUCAAUGGAACCCAGGUUCCUCAGUUUCUCUUCAGUAGCGGCAACUUCCUGUAUUUGCUCUUCACUACGGACAACAGUAGAUCCAACAGUGGCUUCAAAAUCUUCUAUGAAGUUGUUACAGUGGACACGUACUCGUGUAUGGAUCCUGGAAUUCCAGUCAGCGGUGUGCGGCUUAGCAAUGACCUGUCCAUUGGCUCCACAAUAUCCUUCCAAUGUGAUCCAGGAUACAGGCUAAGCCUGGAAGAACCACUUGUUUGUGAAAAGAACCACUUCUGGAGCCACCCUCUGCCCACUUGUGAUGCAUCUUGCGGCGGGGAUAUCAAAGGGCCCAGCGGCGUCAUCCUCUCGCCCGGCUACCCUGAGCUCUAUCCAAACUCCCUCAACUGCACGUGGAGCGUGGAGGUCGGCCAUGGAAAAGGUGUCCAAUUCACCUUCCACUCCUUCCACCUGGAGGAUCACCACGACUAUCUUCUAAUAACAGAAAACGGCAGCUUCGCUCAGCCGCUGGCUCGACUCACCGGGUCGGAGAGGCCGGCUCUGGUUAACGCGGGCCUGUACGGCAACUUCAAAGCGCAGCUCCGCUUCAUUUCAGACUUCUCCAUAUCUCUUCAGGGAUUCAACAUUUCCUUCUCAGAGUAUGACCUGGAGCCCUGUCAGGACCCCGGGGCACCUCGCUUCGGCCGCCACGCGGGCUCCGCCUUUGGCAUCGGCGACACCCUUCUGUUUCAUUGCAACGCCGGCUAUCGGCUGCAGGGGGCAAAGGAGAUUGCGUGCCUGGGAGGUGGCCGCCGGAUGUGGAGUGCCCCUCUGCCAAGGUGUGUGGCUGAAUGCGGAUCAACCAUCUGGAAAAAUGAGGGUGUUCUUUUGUCGCCAAACUAUCCGUCGCCAUACGACAACAACCACGAAUGCGUGUACAGUAUUCAUGUUGAAAAAGGCAAAGGCAUCAACGUCACAGCCGUCGCCUUUCAACUUGCACAAGGUGACGUCCUCAAGGUGUACGAUGGUAAAGACGGCGCAGCCGCACUCCUCAGCGCAUACACGGGCACGUCCAUGCAAGGUCUCUCGCUGAGCAGCACUUCCAAUGACAUGUGGUUGGAAUUCUACUCUGACCAGGAAGGAACAGCCGCAGGUUUUCGCCUCAAAUACAAUAGUAUUGAGCUAUCCCAUUGCGACGAACCCGGCGUGCCCCAAUUUGGCUUUAAAGUCAGCGACCGGGGUCACUUUGCUGGAAGCGCCGUCUCCUACGGCUGUGACCAAGGUUACACCCUUCACGGCAGUCAAACGCUCAAGUGCAUGACUGGAGAGAGAAGGGCCUGGGACAGCGCUCUACCAUCAUGUAUAGCGGAGUGCGGUGGCAAUUUUAAGGGCAAAUCUUCAGGGCGCAUCCUUUCACCCGGUUACCCCUUUCCCUACGACAACAACCUGAGGUGCACGUGGACCAUCGAGGUCAUCUCUGGAAAUAUUGUCAGCCUCCAGUUUCUGGCUUUCGACACGGAGGCGUCGCACGAUAUUCUGAAGGUGUGGGACGGGCCUCCGGAAAAUGAAAUGUCUCUAAAGGAAGUGAGCGGCUCGCUGCUGCCCGAGGGAAUUCACUCCACUCUCAACGUGGUCACCGUUCAGUUUGAAACGGAUUUUUACAUCACCAAGUCUGGCUUUGCCAUCGACUUCUCCAGUUCUCUUGCCACCGCCUGCAGAGAUCCGGGCGUUCCCAUGAACGGCAGUCGUGUAGGGGAAGGGCGGGAGCCUGGCGACUGUGUCACCUUCUCUUGUGAUUCGGGAUAUGAAUUGCAGGGGGAGAGCAAAAUCACCUGCAUCCAAGUGGAAAAUAGAUACUACUGGCAACCCAGCCCACCGAGCUGCAUUGCUCCUUGUGGGGGGAACGUGACUGGCUCUUCUGGAUUCCUCCUGUCACCCAACUACCCACACCCCUACCCACACAGUAAAGACUGUGAUUGGCUGAUCGCUGUCCACUCUGACUAUGUCAUCUCCUUGGCUUUUAUCAGCUUCAGUAUCGAGCCCAACUACGAUUUCUUGUACGUCUACGACGGACCAGAGAGCAGCGCUCGUCUGAUUGGCACUUUUCAGGAUAGCAAACUGCCCGAGAAGAUCGAGAGCUCCUCCAACUUCAUGUUCCUGGCAUUUCGUAGCGACGGCUCUGUGAGCUACACUGGCUUUCAUUUGGAGUACAAAGCCAAACUGCGGGAGGCCUGUUUUGAUCCGGGCAAUGUGAUGAACGGCACCAAAAUGGGCACCGAUUACAAGCUGGGAUCCAUGGUUACGUUUCAUUGCGAGCCCGGAUACCUCUUGGAAGGCUACUCCACUUUGACCUGCGUCAUGGGCGACAGCAAGAGACCGGAAUGGGAUCGAAGCAAGCCGACUUGUCAAGCUCCCUGCGGCGGCCACUUCACCGGUUCAGAGGGCACGGUGCUGUCCCCGAAUUAUCCGCAUAAUUACACCAGAGGACAGAGCUGCGUCUAUGACAUCUUUGUCCCAGGCGACUUUGUAUUGUUUGGGCAGUUUGUGGUGUUUCAUACACUAGCCAGUGAUGUUGUUGAGAUCUAUGACGGAUCCUCGACGGAUUCAUCGCUUCUCUCAUCGAUUUAUGGUUCCCAUUCAGGGGAGACGCUCCCUUUGAGCUCGGGGAACAAGGUAACCCUGAAGUUUAGCUCCAACGGAAUUGACACGGCAAAAGGCUUUCAUUUUGUUUACCAAGCCGUCCCCAGAACAAGUUCCUCUCAGUGUAGCUCAGUUCCCGAGCCCCGUUUCGGGAAGCGCGUCGGCAACGAUUUCGGCACCAGUAUGGUGGUGCUGUUUGAAUGCAAUCCGGGCUACACGCUGCACGGCGCCACUGCCAUCAAGUGUGAGGCCGUGCCCAACGCGCUGGCCCAGUGGAAUGGCACGGUCCCCGCGUGUGUCGUUCCCUGCGGAGGGGUUCUGACGGGCCGCAGAGGCACUAUUCUCUCUCCUGGAUACCCAGAGCCAUAUGCCAACUAUCUGAACUGUGCUUGGAGAAUAACGGUUCCAGAGGGAGCCGGCAUCCAAAUUCAAGUGGUGACCUUUGCAACAGAGCACAAUUGGGAUUCUCUGGAUUUUUUCGACGGUAUCGAUGCCAAUGCUCCGAGGCUUGGUAGCUACUCAGGCACGACCAUUCCUCAACUACUGAACAGCACAUCAAACAAUCUCUACCUGACCUUUCAGUCUGACAUCAGUGUCUCGGCCGCUGGCUUCCAUUUGGAGUACGCAGCAAUAGGUUUGGAUUCGUGCCCCGAACCGCAGCUCCCCACGAACGGCCACAAAGUGGGAGAUCGCUACAAUGUAGGCGACAUGGUUUCCUUCCAGUGUGAUGAAGGCUUCUCGCUACAGGGUCAUGCAUAUAUCACAUGCAUGCCUGGUCCUGUCAGAAGGUGGAAUUACCCUGUACCAUUGUGUUUAGCUCAGUGCGGCGGCUCUAUGUCCGAUUUCAGCGGCGUCAUACUCAGCCCAGGCUUUCCGGGGAAUUACCAGAGCAGCCUGGACUGCAGCUGGAGAGUUCGGCUUCCUAUUGGCUUUGGCAUCCAUCUGCAGUUUUUGAACUUCUCCACAGAGCCAGUUCAUGACUAUGUUGAAGUGCGCAGCGGGAGCUUGGAGAGCGGAAGCGUAAUUGAUAGGUUCAGCGGCUCACUGGUACCUAACUCUCUGUUCAGCACCACCCACGAGACGACGCUCUUCUUCCACAGUGAUUACUCGCAAAACAAGCCUGGCUUCCACAUUGUCUAUCAAGCGUACGAGCUCCAAAGAUGCCCGGAUCCACGGCCGUUCCGUAACGGCGUGGUGAUGGGCCAAGACUACAGCGUGGGGACGACUAUUACUUUUGAGUGCCUCCCGGGUUUUACGUUGCUCGGGGAGCCAUCGCUCACCUGCCUGCACGGAGUCAGCAGAAAGUGGAAUCACCCCGUACCUCGCUGUGAAGCUCUCUGCGGUGGAAAUGUAACCUCAAUGAAUGGCACAAUAUACUCUCCCGGACACCCAUCGGAAUACCCGCACUUCCAGGAUUGCAUGUGGAAUGUCAGAGUAGCUCCCGGUUAUGGCAUCUCCAUCCAUUUUUCUAUUCUCAACACUGAGCCAAUCUAUGACUACAUCACUGUGUGGGACGGACCCGACCAGACCUCACCUCAGAUCGGUCAAUUCAGCGGCAGCUCGGUACAGGAAGGCGUAUCCACCACUGCCAAUCAGAUUCUCAUCAAGUUCCACAGUGACUUCAGUACCAGCGGCUUUUUUGUGCUCAAUUACUACGCGUACCAACUGAGAACAUGUCAGCCGCCCCCUCCUGUUGCCAACGCUACUCUUCUGACUGAGGACAACCACUUUGAAAUAGGGGACAUCAUUCGGUACUCGUGCCUGCCGGGCUUCACGUUGGUAGGCAGUGAGAUUCUAACCUGUCGGCUUGGAGAGCGACUCCAGAUGGAUAGACCCCCGCCAGUGUGUCAAGUCCAAUGCCCUGCUCACGAAGUCCGGUUCGACUCGUCGGGAGUAAUCCUGAGCCCGGGCUACCCGGAAAACUACCCCAACCUCCAGAUGUGCUCCUGGCUGAUCAGUGUGGAGAAGGGCUACAACAUUUCGCUGCACUUCCAACUCUUCCAGACAGAAAAGGAGUUUGAUAUUUUGGAAAUAUUUGAUGGUCCAAACAUCUACAGCCAGAGCCUGGCGUCACUCAGCGGUGACAUGGAGACGCCGUUCCGUCUGACCACCAGCGGCCAUCAGCUCCUGCUGCGCUGGUCGUCCGACCACGGCACCAACCGACGCGGUUUCCACAUCCGAUAUGUGGGUGAGUAUCAAACCAUGUACUGCAGUACCCCUGACUCUCCGCAACAUGGGUUUGUGGUCAGUCAAAGUGGGGGUCAUGUUAACAGCGCAGUGCGCUGGGCCUGCGACAGGGGCUACAAGCUGAUAGGAAAGGGCACAGCCGUAUGCAAGAAAAGCGCCUACGGCUUCUACACGUGGGAUGUGCCAGUUCCCGCCUGCCAAGCCGUGUCAUGCGGCGUACCCACCGCGCCAGCCAACGGAGGAGUUCUUGCUGCCGAUUAUUCCGUCGGGACACGGGUGACCUAUUUUUGCGACAGCGGUUACCGGCUGUCCUCAAAAGAGUUAACGACCACAGUGUGCCAAGCAGAUGGUAGCUGGAGCAACCACAACAAAAUACCCAGAUGCAUCCUUACAAUGUGCCCUAGUCUCAGUUCCUUUUCGCUGGACCAUGGCAAAUGGAGUGUGGUCAAUGGCUCUUCCUAUGAAUAUGGCACCAAAAUAAUCUUCACCUGCAACCCGGGGUACUUCCGGAUGGGUCCCGCUCACAUCCAGUGCCUGGCCAACGGGGUUUGGAGUUGGAGAAACGAAAGGCCCAGAUGCAGAAUCGUUUCAUGCGGCGACCUGCCCGUUCCCCCGAAUGGGAAGAAAAUUGGGACCCAGAUUACGUUUGGAGCCUCAGCCAUUUUCAGCUGCAACCUUGGCUAUGUUUUAACCGGAUCCACUGUUAGAGAGUGUCUCCUGUCUGGACUUUGGAGCGGAACAGAGACUCGCUGCCUCGCCGGUCAUUGCGGCAUUCCCGAGGAGAUCGUGAACGGGCAGGUGAUCGGCGAGAACUUUGGCUACAGAGACACAGUGGUUUACCAGUGCAACGGCGGAUUCCGGCUCAUCGGCUCCUCCGUCCGGAUAUGCCAGCAAGACCACGACUGGUCUGGACAACUUCCAGUGUGUAUCUCCGUCACGUGCGGCCACCCCGGCAGCCCCAUCUACGGACGCACCGUGGGCGAUGGCUUUAACUACAACGACGUGGUGCGCUUCUCCUGUGACAAAGGUUAUACACGGGAAGGGCCUUCUUCAGCCCAGUGCCAGGCCAACCGCCAGUGGAGCCAGCAGCCCGCAACAUGUCAAGCGGUGAACUGCACAGACCCCGGCAUCCCUGCCAAUUCAAUUCGUGAGAGCAAGAUUGAGCACGGAAACUUCACCUUUGGCAGCGUGGUGUUCUACGAUUGCAACCCCGGAUAUUAUCUCUUUGGCUCCUCCGUGCUCACCUGCCUACCAGUCGGCCACUGGGACAAACCUCUGCCCGAAUGCAUCGAGGUGGACUGCGGACACCCGGGUAUACCUCCACACGGAGUGAUGAUUGGAAAAAAGUUCACCUUUGGCUCUACCGUGCAAUAUUCCUGCUACGGAGAGCGCCAGCUCAUAGGAGACUCGUCACUCACUUGUCAGCUCAGUGGCCAUUGGAGUGGCCCGCUGCCCCACUGCUCAGGCAACACGGUGGGAACCUGCGGGGAUCCCGGCACGCCUGCUCACGCCAGCAGGGAGGCAGGCAACUUCAAAGUGCGAAGCAAGGUGCGAUUCACCUGCGCCGUGGGACACACGUUGUACGGCUCAGCCGAGAGAAUCUGCUUCCCCAAUGGGACGUGGUCAGGCAGACAACCGUUCUGCAAACCCGUGCAGUGCGCGAACCCGGGAACGCCUGCUCAUGGCCGCGUUUCCCGCGUGGAUGGUACAACCUUCUCCCACUCCAUUGCUUAUUCUUGUAUGGAAGGCUAUUUCCUCUCAGGCCAGCCGUCACGCCAAUGUCUUGCUAAUGGCACCUGGUCCGGUAUAGCGCCCAACUGCACAAUGAUCACGUGCGGCGAGCCAGGAGUCCCAGCGAACGGGCUUAGAUUUGGCGAUGACACCGCCGUGGGCCACAACGUCCUUUUUAUGUGCCAGCCGGGUUUUGUGAUGAUCGGAGGGCACCACAAUGUCACCAGGACUUGUACCCAUAAUGGCACGUGGGCCGGUCCCAUUCCGACAUGCAAGGUGGUGACCUGUGCGAGACCACCCUCCAUCCCUCACAGUGUUUUGGAGGGCUCCGUGUGGGAAUGGGGAACCAGCGUGAGUUACAGCUGUGUGUCAGGCUACGAGCUGUCCUUCCCCGCCGUUGUCACCUGCGCGGGCAAUGGGACGUGGAGCGGAGACCUUCCUCAGUGCUUGCCCAAGUUCUGCGGAGAUCCCGGCACGCCCGCCAAAGGCCGGCGAGAAGGGCCCAGCUUCAUCUUUAAGUCCGAGGUGACAUUUAACUGCGUUGCUCCCUACGUGCUGGUGGGAUCAACGAGACGCAUGUGCCGGGAGGAUGGCACCUGGAGUGGCUCUCAGCCUCGCUGCAUUGAACCCACAAGAACCACAUGUGAAAAUCCAGGAGUACCUGAACAUGGCUUCAUGAAUUACACAACGGGUUUUAAGGUGGGCAGCAGAGUGGACUUUCAGUGCCAACAGGGACACAUCCUGCAGGGCUCCAUCACCCGCCUCUGUUUACCAGAUCUCACGUGGACCGGCGCCCAGCCUACCUGUAUCCCUCAUUCAUGCAAGCAGCCGCGGAAUCCGGCCAACUCGGACGUGGCGGGCCUGGAGCUGGCCUCCCACGGCUACACCCUGGUAUACACCUGUCAGCCCGGAUACUUCCUCUCCGGGGGUUCGGAGCACCGCUUCUGCCGCUCUGAUGGCAGCUGGACUGGCAAGGUGCCCGUGUGCAGAGCUGGGUCCAAAUCACAGGAAAAAACUGUCCAACAAAUACCUGGCACACCAAGCCCUAAAAUAAAUGUUCCUGAGGACGUGUUUGCUCCCAAUUUCGUGUGGAAAGGCUCCUACCAUUACAAGGAACACAAGCAGCCGAUGACCAUGACAGUCACGAGCUUUAAUACAACAACAGGAAAAGUCAACGUCACUUUAAACGACAGUUGCGUGGAGUUUCUUCUCUCUGGGAUGUACAAGCACCAGGAGGCGCGACUGACGCUUGCGCUGUACCGCAUGAGAGCGCUGGCCCACAGCUCCUUGAGUCGGAUCACGGCGGCGACCUGGUCCAUGGAAGGAUUUGUUUCAGCUGAGCCCGAGGGCAGCGGCUUUGUGUACCAAGGCUUCAUACAGGGUAAAGACUAUGGACAGUUUGGCCUUCAGAGACUCGGUUUGAAUGUGAGAGAGAAUUUUACGUUCAGCAGCCCCGAAGUCAACACAUCCACCAAGAGCAGUUCUGUUGCCGUCGCCAUCCUCGUGCCUUUCUUUGCUCUCAUCUUAGCUGGACUGGCCUUUUACGUCUACAAGCAAAGGAAAACGGACAAAGCGCAGUACACGGGAUGCUCCGUGCACGAGAACAACAACGGACAGGCCACGUUUGAGAAUCCCAUGUACAACAGCGGCGCAAAAGGCGGCGCCGCCGCCGCCGCCGCCGCCGAGGGGAAAGUGGUCCGCUUCGACCCCAGCCUCAACACCAUCUGCACCAUGGUUUGAUCCGCUCGCCAGCUCGCCCCCCAGGAAGGACUUAAUAGUAUCUUGCUUUUAUUUUUCUGGUUGAGCUGCUCAGACAUACAAAGCACAUCCACUUUCACCAAUCCUGAGCUCGCUCGCUCGCUCGCUCGCUCGCUCGCUCGCUCCCUUGCCAUUUGCAGUGGCAGGCAGGUAAGAGACGCAAAUGCCUCCUGGCCUUCUUAUACUGUUGGUGACAAAGAGGGGCUAGCUAGCUAGCUACACUCUGUGAGUGUUGAGACAAGAGCUUCUGGUCUCAUGGUUUUGCGUCAUUUAGUCACUGCGGUGCCAGCUGUUCAAUUCUGUUUUCAUGUCCACAUUUGCUGCCCCACUCAGCACCUUUACCAAGCGUCCAUGAGUCCAAGGCUUUGAUCUCGUUCAUUGAUCAGCUGCCGCCAACAAUUGUCCUACCAACACGAACAAAGAUGUGGAGCGCCAUGGGUACGUUUUCCAUCCGUUUUCGUUGCCCCUUUCUACGCCAUCGCAGUGCCUUUAAUACUGUAUACAUCCACGCGUACGUUUUCAUUUGACGCAUUCGUCGACAAACUCUGUGCUGUGUAGUCAAAUGCUGAGCUUCUGCUCUGCGCGACAUUCGUGUUUCAACCGCAUGUUUGUUUGUUCAGAGGUGAUCAGUACUUUGUACCUCCGUCAUUGCUGUUAUUUUUUGUACAUUGAUACAGUUUUGAUACUCGAUGGAAUUCUUUGGUCUUGUAUUAUCAAUAUGUAAUCUAUUUUGCAAAGCGCAUAUUUCUUAUGGUUGAGGACUUGCAUCUGACGAAAGCAGAGGACAAAUAGGUUCAGAUCUUCAAACAUGACCGAGGACAAAUAGGUUCAGAUCUUCAAACAUGACCGUACUCGAGUGACGUGUUUGAGAGUACAGGAAUCCUGUUGUGUGUACAUAUACAGAUGUUUUGUAAAGAUCUCUAUUUUUUAUUCAAGACAAAGCAUUUGUAACUUAUUGAAAAUGGGUCAAAUUCACAUGUAAAUGUCAUGCAAUAUUACAAAGUGUUUUGUAUAUUUUCUCCUCCCGCAGCAAUGCAUAAAGCCCUAAUUUAUAUAUAAAAU